AUGGCCUCCCAAACCCCUGCCGUUGUCAUGGACAACGGAACUGGGUUUUCGAAACUGGGCUUCGCCGGAAAUGAUGCCCCGUCCUUUGUUUUCCCCACGGCCAUUGCUAUGAAAGGUGCUGGCGGCGGCGCUGCAGGAACAGGCUCAGGAAGACCGGCGGUUGCAAAUAAACCCUCAUAUCUCACUGGCGGUGCAGGACCAAGUUCCAAUCUGGCCGGCAAGCGGGGCACAGAAGACCUCGACUUCUUCAUUGGAGACGAAGCUCUUGCUGCUUCGGCUGGUCCUGGCUACAGCAUCAACUAUCCCAUCAGACAUGGGCAGAUCGAGAACUGGGAUUACAUGGAACGUUUCUGGUCCAACUCCAUUUUCAAAUACCUGCGAGUUGAGCCGGAAGACCACUAUUUUCUCCUGACAGAGCCGCCUCUGAACCCCCCCGAAAACCGGGAGAACACCGCCGAGAUCAUGUUCGAGUCCUUCAACUGCGCGGGUCUCUAUAUUGCCGUACAAGCCGUUCUCGCAUUGGCCGCUUCGUGGACGUCCUCCAAGGUGACCGACCGAUCUCUCACCGGCACGGUCAUCGAUUCUGGAGACGGUGUCACCCACAUCAUUCCUGUUGCUGAAGGAUACGUUAUUGGUUCGUCGAUCAAGAGCAUACCGAUUGCCGGGCGGGAUAUCACAUACUUUGUGCAGAGCCUGUUGCGGGACAGAGGAGAGCCGGACAGCAGCCUCAAGACAGCAGAAAAGGUCAAGGAGGAAUACUGCUAUGUCUGCCCCGACAUGGUCAAAGAGUUUGCACGCUAUGACAAAGAGCCCGACCGGUUUCUCAAGCACACCGUGACCCAGCCCAACGGUAGGUCUGUCACCGUUGACGUUGGAUACGAACGAUUCCUGGCCCCCGAGAUCUUCUUCAACCCUGAAAUCUAUUCUUCGGACUUCCUCACUCCCCUCCCCACGGUGGUCGAUGGCGUUAUCCAGUCGUCCCCGAUCGACGUCCGAAGAGGGCUCUACAAGAACAUUGUCCUGUCUGGUGGUUCGACCCUGUACAAGGAUUUUGGUCGGAGGUUACAGCGAGAUAUCCGACACUUGGUUGACGCUCGCAUCCGAGCAUCGGAGGCUCGGAGCGGUGGAGCCAAGAGUGGUGGUCUGGAGGUCCAGGUGGUCACCCACAAGCGACAGAGGCAUGGGCCGUGGUUUGGUGGCAGUCUCCUGGGUCAAACUCCUGAAUUCCGAAGUUACUGCCACACCAAGGCCGAGUACGAUGAGAUAGGCCCAAGUAUCGUCCGGAGGUUCGCGUUGCUGGGAGGCCCGGGAAGCACUUAG